AUUUAAUUUUUUUCCUAUCUUAAUUAAUUAUUAUACAUGUGCUAUGCUUAACUUUCACUACCUCAACUUUCUGUUAAUAAAAAAAUUUCAGAAAAGGAAAAAAGAAAAAAAAAAGAAGGAAAGAGUACAAAUGAUAAGUUUUGUAGGGAUAUUAAAUAUAUAGAAAGUUUGGUGAAAGCGAAGCGAGGUAGAAGAGUAGUGUGAGGAUGAAGACGGCGACCCUUUUCCUUUCUCCUCUCCCUCCUUUCAUUAUCCUCUCUCUCUCUCUACCUUGUCUCAUCCAUAACACUGUCCCUUGCUAAGAUUCCAUUUUCAGCACCAAGAUCAAGAUCAAUUUCGCCGGAAAGGGAUGUUUCCACACGCUUCGAUUCAAUCAUGUCCCAAGGUACUUAAUUUUGAGUGAAACAAGGAAGAAGAAGAUUAAGUAAUUCUUGAUUGUUUUCUCUUGUUUUGUUGUUAGAACAAGAUUAAGAAAUAGGGGGUUGUUGGAAACAAACCUAAAAGGCAUCAAUCAAAAUUCAAGCACAAGGAUUUGGUUUCUCGUACAAAUUCAUGUCCCAAAGCUUCCACCAAGGCAUCUACCACUUCCCAAAUGCCAACGAGUGGAUGAUAAGAGACCAGGCCGGCGGCUUUGAGGCGCCGCCGCCGCCUCCGCCGCCGGCCUUCGACGCCGGAGGGAUGCUGACGGAGAUUAUAAACCGGCCCUGGCGAAAACCGUGCGGCGACGAUCAGAUCCAGCCGACUCAGAAACAGCAGCUGUCAUCUCUAGCAGUUAAUGAGCUUCCAGCUUCCAGUAAUCUCCAAGGGUUUCACUUAAUUCCGGCUUCCAACAUGCAGCCGCCGUCUCAGAUGAGCUGGAUCCCGAGCAACGGCGGCGGUGGUCGGAGCGAGGAGGUGGCGGCGAGGGGCGGGGGGGUGUUGGAGGGGCAAGGCCUCUCCUUGUCGCUCUCAUCUUUGCGGAAUUUGGAAGGCAGCAAAUUCGAGAAAAUGAACAUGGGAAAUAAUGGGGAUUUGUACUUCCAUGGUCAAGGAAUAGGCAGCUCUAGCAAUUCGUAUGUAUUGGAAGAUGUUGGGACAAAUCCGAUGCUGUUUGGGUCACCGAGAUUAGUGUCGGAUCAGAUUCAUAUUGGGUAUGUGGAAUCCGCAAGGAGCAGCAGCUUGGUGAGGAAUUCUCGGUAUUUGAAGGCUGCGCAGGAAUUGCUGCUCGAAUUCUGCUGUGUGGGAAGAGGGAAUCAUAAUCACAAACAAGAGAGAAACCCUAAUUCCGCAUCGGAUGGGGGUGGGGGUGGGGGUCUGUCUUCUUCAAAGGACCACCACCUCGCCUUAUCUCCUUCUGAAAGAACUGAGUACCAGAGAAGAAAAAUUAAGCUUCUCUCCAUGCUCGAUGAGGUGGAAGGUCGGUACAUGAGAUACUGCGAGCAGAUGCAGGCGGUGGUGAACUCAUUCGACGGCGUAAUGGGGCAAGGGGCGGCGGCGCCGUACACGGGGCUGGCGCGGCGGGCGAUGUCGCAGCACUUCCGGAGCAUGAAGGAGGCGGUGGCGCGUGAGGUGAGGGCGUGCUGCGAGGCGCUGGGGGAGAAGGAUGUGCAAGGGGGCGGGAUCACCAAGGGGGAGACGCCGCGGCUCAAGGUGGUGGAGCAGAAGUAUCGGCAGCAUAAAGCCCUUCAGCAUAUGGGGAUGAUGGACCCCGAGUCAUGGCGCCCCCAGCGAGGACUUCCUGAGCGCUCUGUCACCAUUUUGAGGGCCUGGCUCUUCGAGCAUUUCCUCCAUCCGUAUCCAAGUGAAGCAGACAAACAUUUGCUGUCUCGACAGACAGGUUUAUCGAAAAAUCAGGUAUCAAAUUGGUUUAUAAAUGCUAGGGUUCGACUGUGGAAGCCCAUGGUGGAAGAAAUGUACCAACAGGAAUUCCAAGAAGCUAAAGAUGACGAAGGCAGUCAUGAAGCCAAUUCAGAAAGCAAUGCAGCAGAAAGGGACCCUUCGGAGCCGGGGAAGCAGGCGGCGGCACCGGUGGGAGGCGCCGCCGCUGACGACAUGAUGAUGCCGACGGAGUAUCGAUGUUUCAUGGAGAAUCCUGAGAUGGGGUUGGGAUCGGAGUUCGGUGGCGGUGGUGGCGGAAAUGUGGCGGCUCAGGCAGCCGGAGAAGUUUCGCUUACAUUGGGACUCCGCCGCUCAGAAAAUGUGCCAAUUAUGAGCCAUCUCUCAGUUAGGGACUUUGAAGCUUAUUAGUAAUUGCCAAUUAUUGAGUGAUUGAAAAAGCAUCGGAAUUUAAUUAUUAACUCUAUGUGACAUUAUUGUUUUCAUUAAAGUAUAAAGUGCGUGUAAUAAGUAACUGUAUAGAUAGAGGUUAGAUAAAAUGAUUUUGCUUUUUAAUUUGAGUAAAUAUGUAACUAAUAUUUAUUGCGGUGGAUCUGGUUCUGUUUAAGUAGCUGCUUCAGACUUCAA